UACAAUGGCCUCUUCUUCUUCUCCGUCAUCCACGAUGAUCCAGAUACACCCAUUGACAACCGAGGAGAUAACAACCGCAACCACGGCAGCGCCAAUGCCUAGCACAGGGCCUACACCACCUGCCACGGUCAUGUCGAGCGUCGCGAACCUAGCUCAGCUCCUGCCGACUGGCACGGUGUUGGCGUACCAGGCGUUGUCGCCGUCCUUCACCAACCAUGGCAAGUGCGAGACCUCCAACCAGUGGCUCACAGGGGUGCUGGUUGUCGUCCUCGCCAUGUUGUGCCUCUUCUUCUCCUUCACCGACAGCGUUGUUGGUCGCCGCGAUGGAAAGCUAUACUAUGGCUUCGCCACACUGCACGGCUUCAACGUUUUCAACUUCUCCAGCGAGGAGGAGAGACAGGAGUGGAACGAUCUCGACCAGUUCCGCAGGCUCCGCCUCCGGCCGCUGGACUUCGUGCACGCCUUCUUCGCGGCGGUGGUUUUCCUCACGGUAGCUUUCAGCGACGUGGGGCUGCAGAAUUGUUUCUUUCAGGACGCCGACAGGAACACCGAGGAACUGCUCAAGAAUCUGCCCAUGGGCAUGGCGUUUCUCUCCAGUUUUGUGUUCAUCAUCUUCCCCACCAAAAGGAAGGGCAUUGGAUUCAGCGACACCGCUCCUCCCCAGAAGGAAAGUCAUGCUCAAUCGGAUUUGACGACACCGCUCCUCGCUGGCGUAGAAGUUGCUUGAUUGUAUCAUGUUGGAGAAAAUCAUGAAGUUUUUUAAUUAUAUAUGUUCAGUGUGUGUGCCAUGGUUCUUUGGCAAACAAGGAAAUAUUUUCUGUCCAAAGCAAGUGUACAGUUAUGUAGGUGCCCUGCGUCCCAGCCUCCCAGGCUUAUUAGAGCUCUCCAUUCAUUUUGUUUGCUUCAAGCUCGAUGUUUUUAUUUUGUACAA